AUGGCGUCCAACAGCAGAGAAGCUAGGAGGCGGAAGAUCCUAGAAAGAGGAUCUGAUCGUUUGGCCUUUAUCACUGGUCAGAUCAACGGCGUUCCUCCUCCACCUUCUUCUGAUCCCACUUCCCUUUCCCAAUCUCUUCUCCGCUCUGACGAAUCCUCACCGGACACGAUUCCGCCUGCUGAUCAGAUACCUACUGAUCGAGAAACCGGUGCUCUUUCUCUCUCUAUGGAAUAUGAUCAUCAUUGA